AAAUUAAGCUCCCCUUCACCUUCGUCGUUUGGAUCCUCAACCACCAUCUCUUCUCGGGCUUCCAUGAGUUGACGUUCAUACUCUUCAAUGUUCCUCCGCUCAUGGAGCUCGUCCAGAUACGUCUUCUCCCAAGGUGUGAGCUCUCUUUCCAAACCUUCCAACAUCUCCAGAUCUUCCCAAUCCAACUCAUCCAUUGGCGG